UUUGGCGUCAUUUCGAAGCUCUGCGAGAAAUGUCUGAUGGAAAUCGGCUACGUAGCACCCGAAGGCAUCGUAGAAUCAGUAUUUAAACGAAUCGUUGAAGAGGACGCGAGAGUGAAUGGCGAAACGAAUCUAGCGGGAAACUCAACGAUGGAAUCGGAUGAGACUGAAAGCUCAGGAGAAAGCAGCAUGGCGAGCACGAUUCCAGCGACGAAUAGCGACUCAAAGCCUGUGUCGGUUACAAUAGAGACUGGUCAUCAUCAUCAUUCUCACGAGGAAGCAACAAUGUCAGCUGCAUUCGUCCGCAUCGCCGGGAUGUUUGAACCGAUGCUCAACGCAUGGCGACGACGUCUUCGCUUCUGGGAGAAAUCUGCUGCAAUUAUCGACUCACCCGAGCACGCAAACAUGAUCGACUCCUUCACAGAAGAUGAGGUAACGUGUCUAUUCUGCAUGGAAUCCUCCAAAAGGCCUUAA